UCCCCCACGCCGGCCACGUGGAGCGCGUCCACCGCUUGCCCCGCACCGGCCGCGAGGCAGAGGACGCGGGAGGAGCCACCGAGGAGGCGCAGGCGCGCAGCGAGACGAGCGGGGCGAGCACCGACGUGGAGAGGGCUGCGUUGUGGCGUCGCCAGCGCGGGGAGGACCGGAGCUUGGCCAGGCGGAGGUCGGGGUCGACGACGCGGCGCGAUGCGGCGUCGCAGGAGGUGCGGGGGAAGGGCGCCAGCGAGAGCGACGAGUAGGCGGGCGAGCCGGCGGCGAAGCAGGAGGAGCCGAGGAGGACGAGUGGUGGCGGAACAGGUGCCGCAGCGCGGCGGUGGCCACGGCCGCCAGGGCGAUCGACACGCGGUUGAGCAGCCGCCGAACGUGCCAGUCCAUGGCUGGCGCGGGCCGAUGCUACCGCGACCAGGCAAUUGAUCACGGCCUGUAUGUCUAUCUGGGCUUUCGCUCUUGUUGCGAAUUGGGGUUUGUGUUGGGCUUUCGGAAUAUGGGAUGGGCUAACACUUCACUCCCACCCGUCGGCGAAACCCCCAUCCGCCGUGUUGCCCAUGGCCUCCGCCGCCGCCAAGGUGGUCGCCGCCGCCGACGCCGCCACCUCCACUCGUGCGCAUAGCCUGUCCCGCAUCUUCUCCUCCUCCUCGCCAAACGUACAAUCACCCAAUCCCAAUCCCAAGCCCAAGCCCAAGCCUGAACCCAAAAUCAUGCGUGCGCCGACACCGAAACCGCCCGCAGCCGACGCUGGCUCCGACGCGGACGACAAGCUCUGGAAGCCCCUGGGCUAUAUCAUCAAGGGCCUCCUCCGGGAACGCGAUCCUGAGAAGCUGGUCUCCGAUUUCGUCGCUGCGUCCUCCGCGUCCGCGCGCUUCCGCGACCGGCACCGCGUGUACGAGAUGGCCGUGAGCCGGCUCGCCUCCCUCGGCCGCCAAGACAGCAUCGAGACCAUACUCGGUGCGCAGAAGCGCUUCCUUGAGACCUCCAAAGAGGGAUUCGCCACGCGCCUCAUCGGCCUCUACGGCCGUGCCGCCAUGCCAGCCCAAGCUUCCGCGACCUUCCAUGAACUCCCCGCGCAGCUUAAGUGCACCAUGACCUUGAACGCCGUUCUCACGGCCUACUACCAAGCCAAGGAGUUUGAUGCUCUCGCCACUGCGUUCCAGGAGAUCUCGGUCUCCCACCCCUUGGUUGUCCCCAGCGUAUACUCUUACAACAUACUCAUCAGAGCCCUGUGCCAGAAGCAUGACCUCUCGGCCGCCCUCAAUGUCAUUACGCUGAUGGAGAAGUGCGGUGUUUUGCCGGAUAAUAUUUCUUUCAACACGCUAUUGAAUGGGUUUUACCAGAAUGGCCGCAUGGAUGAUGCUGAGGCAGUAUGGGAAAUGAUGAAGGGGUGGAAUUUGGAGCCGGACACGAAGUCCUACAACGCGAAGCUCCGGGGUUUGGUUGCAGAAGGGAGGAUUGAGGAUGCAGUUGCUGUGGUUGAGAGGAUGGAGAAGGAAGGGCCAAAGCCUGAUACAGUGUCCUACAAUGAGCUAAUCCGAGGAUAUUGCAGUGCUGGAAGGUUAGAGGAUGCCAAGAAGUUGUACGAUGGAUUGGUAAAAAAUGAGUGUGCCCCAAAUAGGGGGACAUAUGAAACUCUCUUGCCACGUCUUUUGCAGGCUGGAGAGCUCGAUUGUGCAGUGAGAUAUUGCCAUGGACUCCUUAGUCCUAAUACUAAGAACUGUAGAGUGGAUCGUUCUUUGCUUCAGGAUGUAGUAACUACAUUGGUAGAGGCAUCGAGGGUGGACGAGGCUGCCAAGAUUGUUGAGCUAGGGCGGAAGAAGUACUACCUUCGGAAACUUUUGAUGCCACAUACUGAAGAAGACAACGAAGUGCAAACUGAACCUGACGAGGAAGAAUCAACAUCAGAAGAAAAGAUGGAUGAGGUGCUGGCUGGGGUAGCUGAGACCAUAAAGAACUUUGCAGUGAUCUAUCUUGUCGACAUCACCGAGGUUCCUGACUUCAACACCAUGUACGAGCUGUAUGACCCGUCAACAGUGAUUUUCUUCUUCCGCAACAAGCACAUCAUGAUUGAUCUUGACUGGGCAAUGAAAGACAAGCAAGAGUUUGUUGACAUUGGGACUGUUUACAGAGGAGCUCCGAAGGGUCAUGGUCCGGUGAUUGCUCCAAAGGAUUACUCGACCAAAUACCGUUACUACGUUAUUUGUGUAUGGCUGCCCAUGUGCAGUUUGGUGUACUCUAUUCGUUAAAAUGCCAGUACUCAGGCAUGUGAAACUUGAUGCAACUUCUGUCGGCUAUCAGAGUGUUGUGUAACUAUAUGUAUCUAUCUUGAAUCUUGGUAUCUCAUAAACCUGUAGUCCAUAGAAAUAGGAUGUGUUAUCUAUCGGCAUGGCCAAUAGAACUGGUUGUUGGUUUGAAUCAUAUAUGAAUUCCUAAAUCCAGGCCUCUAGGGUCAUAUGUUGUAUAUGGAAUCCACGCUAUAAUUUCCAUUAUGUUAGAGGGUCACUUGCCCCUGUGUUGUUCAUGUACUAUGUCAAUUCAAAGCUGGAAUUUCCGAA